GCAGCCAGAGGCCUUCCUCUCGCACAUGACCAGCCCCAGGAUGAUGUCGCUGUGCUUCCUGGUGCUGCAGAAUACCAGCUUGGUGUUGGUCAUGCGCCAUGUGCGGGCGCGGAAGGAUAGGGAGAUGUUCCUCGCGUCGACCGCCGUCACGAUGGACGAGUCCCUGAAAUUCGCGGUCUGCCUGUGCAUAACCCUCUUGCAGCUGUCCUCUGGCAGCCUGCCGAGAGGGGGAGGCUCCGUCGCUUCCGCCUUCCAGAGGCUCGUGCUCACGAGGGAGGGCGCCAUGAUGGCGAUCCCGGACACGAUGGACAGCGGCGCCGAGAAGGGCAGAAACCCCAUCGUUGUCGCGUACAUCCGCAUCCAGAACAUGGAGGGCAUCUCCAGCAUCUCCAUCCCUCCAGUCCCCAGCUCGUGGACGAGGGCAGGGGCUUUACCGAUGGGCACGUCGAGAGUAGCCGCUCUAUCGAUCCACGAUAGGGAGGGCAGCGCUGCCCAGGGUGGAGGCGGCGUGGUCACCAUCGACGUCGAGAGCGGUGGCCUCAGCGAUAGCAUAACCCCCACGCUCCAGGACAAAAAGAACCAGUUGAGCCGCCAGCCGUAG